GAAUCACAUUAAGUUUAUAGCAACUCUGUGUUGAGCGUAGAAGCUCAAGUCCCAACCUGCAAUAUGAGUGCAAGGCAUCUUACUAGCUCUCAGGGAGGAUGCCAGCGUUUCUUCCGAAUAGCCACCAAUAUAAGACAUGUGUGUGGGAUGCUUCUAACUCUAAAAAGGUAUAUUGGAAGGAACAAAGUUGUGGAGUGGGCAUUAUUUCACCUACAAAUGCAGAUACACAGUAGGAGUGAUCUUCUCUUCAAUAUAAGCAGCUUUUCAAAGAAUAACACGAGGAAGGACUUUGAAAAGUUAAAGAACCUGUUGUGUGUUCACCCACAGCAUAGAACUCAGCAAGUUCUCAGACAGAUCCAGUCGUGUUUAAAGAAGAACAGAGCAUUUCAAAGUCUCCGAGACAAAACUCAGCUCCAGUUAUGUCAGCACGCUGUGUAUCAAGAGUAUGAAGCAAAGACUUUAGUGAUUAGGCAAGGUCACAAGCCGAUCGAGUGCUAUCUCAUCCUUUCUGGAACUCUGAUGGCAGUCACAGAAAAUGGGAAUGCAAAAAAACAAAGUGCAUUGACUGAUGAAUUAUAUGAAGUUGAGGAAGGGGAUUUUGUAGGGGAAAUUGGCCUUGUUACUAACAAGAGACCGACAUCAUUUAUAUGCAAAACACACGUGGAAGUGUUGGUGAUUGAUAAAGAGGCCUUUAAAGAUGUCCUAGCGGCUAAGGUACAGGAACAAUAUUACAGUCUCUGUGACUUCCUAAGGAAUGUUCCAUUGUUUUCAUCGUGGCCUUCAGAGAAAAUAGACCUCCUUGUUCAUUGCUCCUUACAAAGAAAUUACAGAGCUGGAACAACAGUAAUUGUAAACAGCCUGACUUCUGGCUUUUUGGUCCUGAUAAAGUCUGGAAAAUGUCUGAUUGCUCUCCAGCUUACACCCGAGAGAAUGUUACCUGAUUCCGGUGCUACAAGGAAUUAUUCUGCUCUUCUAAAAAGGUUUCCUACUAUGCCACUCAUCUUAGAGAAAAGGAAUGGAUCUGCAUAUCCUUUUGAAAGGCUGGCAUUGCCAAGGGCACCUUUCUCAGCUUCUUACAGAGCAACAUCAAAUCAAGUGCACACAAGAGCAAGGCCACAGACUGCGGGCCCAUUGACCUUCUCAUUACAAGAAAGAACAGAACGCUGUGACUUGGACUAUAAAGAUAAAAAGCAAACUGAGGAAGACGGAUGCACUCUGCAACAUGCGACUGCAUCCCCUGCAGGGCGUUUCAUAACAGUCGGCACACUCGAACAUGGAGGGGUCUUUGGUCUGGCAGAGACCAUAUUUAUGUCCUCUGGUUUACGUUUUAGCCUGAUCAGCGAGGGAGCCGAAUGCAUUCUUAUACCAACAAAACUGUUCCUUUUGGAAGCCCCUGCCAAGUCCAAGCAGAUAGCUCAAGAGUUGGUGAAUACCUUCCCUACAGAGAAGACAAUUAGGGAGAACUAUGAGAGACAUAAAAUGUGGACUGCUUACAAGGACAAGAUUAUUGGCCAGCAAUUGACAAGGGGUCAGAAAUCACUUUUCAGAAAAUAAAUAGACAGAGGAGACAGACAAGUAGAAAACUCGCCCAAAAACUGCUAAAAAGGCCAGGUCUACCUGUACAAAGACUACGUUGUCUAUUUGAACUAAAUUGGAUUUCCAGGAGGAGAUCAUUGAUAGUAAUGUUUAUUCAGCUUUUGCUGUCAAACUGAAAUAGACUGGACAACAUUUGUAUUGGGUGGCAUUUAUAUUAGGCAUCUUAGUAGUAACCGACCACCUACUGAUGCCAAUAAUGUAACAACAAUUCAAUAGGUCCCAUAUUUAUGAGCUAGAAUGAGAUGUGGUCACACACACAUUUAUAUCUAUAAGCUGGGAUUGUGAUAUGAUACGUAACAUCAGUGGGACAGAUCAUUAGUCAAUUUGUCUUUACACAUUGGUAGCCAAUUAGCCAACCUAAAGCCUGAUCUUAGUGUUUGGCAGUUACAGGAAGGCUAUUUUGGAAAAGAAAAAGGCUACUUUGAUGCAAAGCGGUAGAUUUAUUAUCUUACCAGUAAUCACUGAAGCCUUGUUUAUUUUAGAAGGUGUUAGGUUGCCUAAUUAGUAAAAUGUGGCAAUAUUGAGCCGUAAGUCUCAUUUCCCAUGCUUAGCAAGUCAUUUGUAAUCUCUUUAGGCUUGAAACCAAUUUACUUGUCAAUUUAUUAUGUACCGUGGAGUUAAUAUAUUAUAAAUCAAGCAAUUAAUGUUUAAAAUUAAACAUGAAAAAAAAGCAUG